AACACGAGGCUUCAGCGAAAUGAUACCAAGGUAAGGACGCCCGUCGUCCACGAAUUAUACUCACUACUGGUCAGGCGGUCGAGAUCAGGCGGGCUAAACAUGGCCUAGGAGCUUUCGCGGCGGAAGAUAUGAAGCCUGGCGAUUUCAUCGGAGAUUAUGUCGGCGGCAUUUUGACGAGUGACCAUGUUGAAAUUCUACAUCAUGUCACCGAAUAUAGCGGUCGCAAUUAUUUUUUCGAAUUCUCAAACGCCAAUGGGGACGAGAUGCUUGAUGCUGCGCCAGUCGGAAAUGCUACUCGUUUCCUAAACCACGCGCCCGCCGAAACGGAAACGGACUUGCCUAGGUCUGAUGGGACGCCCCGCUCCAACGCGGAACUGGCUAAUUGUGUAGCACAAGUUCUUCUUGUCAACGGGGAGCAUCACAUCGGAUUUUAUACCAGCAGUGGCUCGUGGAUCCGAACUUCUCUUGUGCUACGGUAAACAAUACUGGUUAAAAACUGGCAAGGGAAACGACCUAGAACCAUCAAUGGAUUGAUGGAGCGGGAUGAGCAUUGGUUCUACAGUAUAUAGAAGGAUUACCAUCCAAGAUGUUCGUAUCAACAAUACCUUUACAAGACAUGACC